AAUUACUUCUUCCAUUCUUUAUAUAUAAUAUAUAUGUUACAUAUAUAUACACACAUACACACACUCUUAUUUGGUCUGCAACCCUAUAAACCUCUCUUCAAACCCUUAAUUACUCUCUCUCUCUCUCAUAUUUCCUCUUUAAUAUUCUUGUAAGCAAAAUGAGAGCAGGCUUUGAGGUUGGUCAAGGUGCUCUUGACUUGAUCCAGCCCCAUGAACAAUGGAACUACAACAAUACUCUUGGUGCUUAUGUUACUACAACUACAACACCAACCACUUCCAGUUCUGCUAGUGGUUUUAGUGCUUAUGGUUCGAAGCCUGCUGUGAACUUAGAGAGACCAAAUGAACUCUCUGAAUGGGUUGAACAUGUCACCAAGACCCUCAUUGAAGACUUGCCUGAAUCCACCCCUGAAGAGAGUUUCCAAACCGAUGCAAACAUGCCAACUUAUGCUGAUGUUUCACCACGGAUGUGCGAAACAAGACCGCGGAAGAUGGCGAGGGGGGAUUGGUCGGACGAGGUUCGAUUUGGUGAUCAAGGUAAUAAAGGGUUGAGUUUGAUCGCGGUUCUAUUCGAGUGUGCGGUAGCUAUUUCUGUUGAUAAUUUGGGUGAGGCUCAUAGGAUGGUUCUUGAGUUAACCCAAAUGGCUUCUCCUUAUUCUCCAUCUUGUGGUGAAAGAGUUGUUGCUUACUUUGCAAAAGCUAUGGCUAGUAGGGUUAUGAACUCAUGGCUAGGGUUUUGCUCACCUUUGACUAAUCACAAGCUUAUUCAUGGUGGGCUUCAAGUCUUUAACAACAUAUCUCCAUUUGUCAAGUUUGCUCACUUCACCUCUAACCAAGCCAUUCUCGAGGCUUUUCAGCGUCGAGACAGGGUCCAUAUACUGGACCUUGACAUCAUGCAGGGUUUGCAAUGGCCAGCAUUGUUUCACAUACUGGCCACACGAAUAGAGGGCCCACCCUAUGUCAGGAUGACUGGCAUGGGCACCUCUAUGGAACUUCUAGUAGAGACAGGAAAACAACUUUCCAACUUUGCAAAACGCCUCGGGAUGUCAUUUGAGUUCCAUCCGGUGGCGAAAAAGAUUGGGGAGGUGGUUGAUCUCUCUGUGCUACAAAUCCGAAGAGGGGACGCAAUAGGGAUACAUUGGCUUCAGCAUUCGCUUUAUGAUGCCACGGGGACCGACUGGAAGACCAUGAGACUCCUCCAAGAACUUAACCCUCGAAUCAUCACUCUAGUCGAACAAGACAUAUCGCAUGGAGGCUUAUUCUUGGACCGAUUUGUUAGUUCUCUCCAUUACUAUUCCGCGAUAUUUGAUUCUCUUGGGGCAUUCCUCCCUAUAGACGACAACAACCGCCAUCGUGUCGAACACUCGUUGAUCCAUAGAGAGAUCAACAACAUACUUGCUGUUGGAGGGCCUGGGAGGAGUGGUGAUGAUAAAUUUAGGGUUUGGAGAAGUGAACUAGGAAGAAAUGGAUUCUUGCAAGUGCCAAUGAGUAGUAACUCGUUAGCACAAGCUCAGUUAAUUCUUAACAUGUUUCCACCAACACAUGGUUAUAAUCUGGUCCAAGAAGAUGGGACACUUAGGUUAGGGUGGAAAGAGACUGCUUUGUACACUGCUUCUGCUUGGACUUGUCAUGUUUCAAGAUAAGAAGUUCAAUUGUGUUGAAUAUUAGUUGUGGUUGAAAAUUUGAUUUAUUACCUAUAGUUUUAUAGUUUAUUUUAAUAUCAAGUUAAUCUUUGGAUGUGA